GCAUUGUAAUAUAUGUAUAUGUUUUAUAAUGAUAUAUAUAUAUAUAUAUAUAUUGUUGCUGGAUAUAUAUGUUGCAGGCCACAAGUGAGUGAAUUGUAGAGCUGCAGCUGCUUGUGCAAAUUCCAAUCACAGUGAAUUUAAUCGAAACCCACUGCCGAGUUCAUGGCGGCGAUCUUCCUGAUCAGUUAGGAGUUUCAAACUCUGCCUUUUACUCUGAACACGGUUUCUUUGUUUCACCAAACCUUCAGAUCAAAGCACUGCAUAUAAUGCAGGCCACGAGUGAGUGAAUUGUAGAGCUGUAGCGGCUUGUGCAAAUUGCAAUCACAAUGAAUUUAAUCGAAACCCACUGCUGACUUCAUGGCGGAGAGCGAUCACAAUCAUUCAAGUGAAAUGGAAGCAAGACUCGACGGGAAAGAUCAUCGAUGGCUACGUCCGGAGGAAAUAUGUGAUGUUCUUCGAAAUCCUAACGGAUUUACAAUUUCUAAGGAGUCUGCAACUAUGCCACCAAGUGGAUCCUUUUUUUUUUUUGAUAAGAACGUGCAGAGGCAUUUUAGAAAAGAUGGCUAUGAAUGGAAGAAGACAAAAGAUGGAAAGAUUGUUAAGGAAGCCCAUGAGAAGCUCAAGGUUGAAGGUGUUGAUGCAGUGCACUGCUACUAUGCUCAUAGAGAAGAUGAUAAUGAUUUUCAACGACGCAUUUACUGGUUGGUUGAUAAGAAUCUCUCAAAUAUGGUUCUUAUCCACUAUCGGGAUAUAAAGGUUAUGCCUCACACUGUCAGUUCCAAUCCAAGUAAUUUCCAGCAUUCACAAGCUACUUAUGCGACAAACUUGAAUAGUACUCAGACAUCAGAGCCCGAAAACACUGUUUCAGCAUCUAAUCACCAAGCAAGUCAUGGGGUACUCUAUGUUCCUGGAUAUGAGAUUGCUUCUUCUAUUUCCAAUUCAAGUAAUUUCCAGCAUUCACAAGCUACAGAUGCGAUAAACUUUCCAGAUUUUCAAGAUAAUUGGUUCGAGAAUUUAUUUAUUGCUUUGCCUUCCAUAUUUCUCUGGAGUUGUUCAUUAUUUCACUUGACAUUCUAUAAUGUGCAGACCCUAGUGAUGGGGGAAUCCCCGAGAAUUCAUGUACUGGGUUACCUGCUGCUAUUUGUUGAAUUGGUCAACAACAAAAAACUGAAGAAUCUGUUUCAUAUUUGCAUGAAGAGGAAGACACUGGAAUCUGGCCUGCACCAACUCGAGAGCCGGCUCGAGUGCUGCGGUGCAGCCAAGUCAUUCAUCUCUUGGAAAAAGGCAAUGCGUUUCUUAGCUGAGGGUGAUGACUUAUUUCUAGAUUCCACUAACUCCAAGGUCACACCCCUUGCAACCACGGAAGGAGUAGAUGAAGAGGAAGAGGGAAACGAUACAAACCAAUCGCGGAAGCGACUCAAAGUCACCUGUGGCCAGAAGUCAAUUGCUACUUCUGCUGCAACCAACAUAACUGCUGCUCCUGAGUCUAGCACUCCAGCCAUGCUGCAAUCAAGACCAACCUCAGAUGCCAACCAAGAUUUUGAGAAUCAAGAGCAGGAACUCGAGCCUACCUCUAUUGAGCCAAAAAAUGGCAAAAGCAAGGCUGUCGUUCAAAAUGAUUUUGGGUCAGGAAAGAGUCAUGAGUUUUCAGAAGUUGCAGUUUGGGACUCCUAUAAAAGCCUCCUUGAACUUUUAGGCCGAGGGUUUGCACCCAAUACACUGGCCAGCUCCUCCAUUUCUACUCCUGCCACAGACUCGCAAGCCAUAGAAACAGUCAGAACUUUUCUACAAAUGGACUUUGCUACUAUGGCUGGCAGUGUUAAACAAACUGACAUGAUUUCACACAUCAAGAGACUCGUAGUUUCUAGUUGGUUUCCCUCUGACAGCGGCAAAACAAGCAUUUUGCAAUUAUUGGAGCAGCUAGAGCAACCUAUUCGAGACUAUUCCGAGUAUGAUAAGGGCAAAAAAUUGAAUGCCCAAGUCGAAGAUAUGAGAAAGCUUCUUGAAAUUAAGGUUCAGUUUUGUGAUAGCAAGAUGAGAGACUAUCAAAGACUUGAGAAUGAGAGAAAGCAGAUUGUAGCCAAGCAGGCUGUAAUAUGUGCUGAAGUUGGUGGCGCCGUCCAAGAGACUGAACGAAACCAGGCAGAACUCAAUGAAUUGCUCCCACAGCGGGAUCAAUUUAUACAAAAUGAGGCUAAUCUCAAGACCAGCUUGGUUAUUGGAGAUGGCUACUGGACAAUCUUGAAGAAAGUAAUUUUCGACAACCUCGCUCUGUGACUUUUUCUUUGGGUUGCAUUUGGGCUGCAAUUGUUAUUCUUUUACUUUUCUUUUUGGUGGUGGAUCUUAACAAAUUCGACCCAUAAUAUACCAAAAUGGCAAUAAGAAAGUGUAGAACAAGAUUAUACCUAUUUGAAAGCCCAAGGGUUGCCGAAGAUGGCCGAAAAAUAGCUUGAAAGAUGA